AUGGAGGCCGCGCCUGGUGUCCCGACUGGCGCGCUGAAUGGCGGUUUUCCGGUGCCGCCUAUGUCGUCGUCUUCUUCUCAGACCUCUCGCAAGGAGUGGCACGUCGUCUCUGAGCAAUCGAUGCGUAACUCUGGCGACGAGGGGUUGGAUCGUUCGAAGCUGGUCCAGUCUGAUGAGAGAUUAAUAUAUGAGCAGAGGCUUGGUGCCUUAGCAAAACAAAGGGAGGAGCUGCAGCAGGUGGAGAUUGAGCUCCGUGCACAGGUCAUUGUGAGAUCAGAAAUCGUGGGCAUGCAGAAUACAUUUGACACUCAGAUUAAAGAACAUACAGAUGCCAAUGCCAAACUUCAGGUGCAUCUGCGUGAAAAAGAACAGACGAUACAUGAGUUGGGGAGAAAGAUGGAAGAAAAAGAAAGAGAACUGCAUGCUAUUAGAUUAGAUAAUGAAGCGGCUUGGGCCAAGGAUGAUCUUUUGAGGGAACAAAGCCAAGAGCUCCAGAGCUACAGGAGGGAGAGGGAUAACUCUGAAGCUGAAAGGCUGCAACAUAUUAAGCAAAUCCAUGAUCUUCAAGAACAUAUUCAAGAGAAGGAUCGCCUAUUCCUGGAGUUGCAAGAUCAGCAUAGGAUUGCUCAAGAAACCAUCAUUUUUAAGGAUGAGCAGUUGCGAGAGGCACAAGCAUGGAUAACUCGUGCCCAGGAAAUGGAUGCUUUGCAAUCAACUACCAACCACACUUUACAAGCUGAACUGAGAGAACGCACAGAACACUACAAUCAGCUUUGGCUAGGUUGCCAAACACAGUUUGCUGAGAUGGAAAGACUACAUUUGCUUAUACAACAGUUACAUCUUGAAUUGGCUGAUGUCAAAGUAAAGGGUGGGAGUAACUUGGAUAGUUCAAAUACCUCGUGGACGAACGCGAAAAGUCCUUCUGAACUAGAAAAGAUCAAUGACAGCCAGCUUGAGAUAAAUGAUAAUACUACACAGAUUGCGGAUUCUAAUGGCCUACAAAGUGGAAAUUCUGAAAGUGGUUCUGGAUUAAACAUCUCAACACAGGGCGACCACAGUCAUGUUACAUUUGCUCCUUCAUCCCUACUCGGUAUGCCAACCUACAUUCCAACUGGACAGAUGGCUGCUUUACAUCCCUUUGUGAUGCACCAGCAAGGUCUACCACUCCCAUCACAUGUGCUGCAAGCUCAUCUUCAUGCUGUAUCUGCAAUGCCACCCACACACAACUGGCAGGACCAACAACAGCCAAAUGACCAAAAUGAGCCCACCCAUAACCAGUAUCAUCAGGAAGUUGAAGAAAAACUAUCCAGAACAGACUCCCUGUACAAUUGUGAACCUUCAAUGAAUGACCAAUUAAUUUGUGCGGACUUUCCAGAUGCGAAAAUCAGCCAAGGUUUAGAUGCUGAUUCUGUGAGUCCAUUAGCAAAUGGAGAGGGACAGGUUCUUGAUACGGUUGAUACAACCUACAACAAUUCCAAGUCCCCACAGAGGCUGCACCUGAUAUCUUCCCAGUUUCGCGAUGCCCUUAGCCUGAAUCCCAUUGAACGUGGAAAAGGAGCUGAGGAGAAGACAGUCAAAUCAGGGUCUGACCAGGAAAUCAAACAUCAGAAUAUGAUGUCUGAACAUUCAAAUCUUGCCAUUAGUGCUUCCACUUUUGAAGCAGUGGCUAAUGCUGAAACUUUAAGUGAAGCAACCACAGAUGCUGCCUCGAGUGUAGAUUUGGCAGAUUCAACUGUUGCUGCUGGGCAGAAAAAUAACAUCGUAGGAAAGCCUGAGGACAGUUAUCUGAUUGACGAAAGAGCAUUGCUGGCUUCCAUAGCCCGUGCAAUAGGAUCUGGUGGAAGAAUUAGGAUCAGCACUACGCUUCCUAAUCGACUUGCCAAAAUGCUUGCCCCGCUUCACUGGCAUGAUUACAAAAAGAAAUAUGGGAAGCUUGAUGAAUUUGUGGCCAGUCAUCCAGAGGCGCACAUCAACCGACACACGCUUGUGAUUAACCGUGCAUUUACAGCAUCACUGACCACCAUCGCAUCGUUGUACGGCACACCAUGGCUCCCACCGAUGCUGCAUCAACAAUAG